CCCACUACCCAGCCUCAAUUUUGUAUUUGGAAAGCCCAAAGCACGCAGCUCAAAGGCUCUGCGAGUCUCGGUUUUCUGUUGCCUUCUCUCUGUCUCAGAGGACUCCAUCUAUAGAACCACUCUAUGCCUUCAAGAAAGGUAUUUUAAACACUGGGACACAUUUCGAUAAUUUCAAUGUCCUUGGCUCCCUUCUCAGGAUGAUCCUGGCCUAUCUCUGACUCUCUUCUCCUCCACCAGACCUCUUGAUUCCAUUUUGAAAGAAAACUGAAAAUGCACUCUUCGCAGCAACUAAUAUGUAAUGCUGCUUCUGUAUCUUAAAAACUGUUUGGGGCAGCAAGAGACAUGGCUCAGUGGGUGUUUUCGAUGUGGACACGGAAGAGACAAAUUUUGAUCUUUUUAAAUAUGCUCUUAGUUUCUAGAGUCUUUGGGUUUCGAUGGUUUCCUAAAACUCUACCUUGUGAAGUUAAAGUAAAUAUCCCAGAGGCCCAUGUGAUCGUGGACUGCACAGACAAGCAUUUGACAGAAAUCCCUGAGGGCAUUCCCACUAACACCACCAAUCUUACCCUUACCAUCAACCACAUACCAAGCAUCUCUCCAGAUUCCUUCCGUAGGCUGAACCAUCUGGAAGAAAUCGAUUUAAGAUGCAAUUGUGUACCUGUUCUACUGGGGUCCAAAGCCAAUGUGUGUACCAAGAGGCUGCAGAUUAGACCUGGAAGCUUUAGUGGACUCUCUGACUUAAAAGCCCUUUACCUGGAUGGAAACCAACUUCUGGAGAUACCACAGGAUCUGCCAUCCAGCUUACAUCUUCUGAGCCUUGAGGCUAACAACAUCUUCUCCAUCACGAAGGAGAAUCUAACAGAACUGGUCAACAUUGAAACACUCUACCUGGGUCAAAACUGUUAUUAUCGAAAUCCUUGCAAUGUUUCCUAUUCUAUUGAAAAAGAUGCUUUCCUAGUUAUGAGAAAUUUGAAGGUUCUCUCACUAAAAGAUAACAAUGUCACAGCUGUCCCCACCACUUUGCCACCUAAUUUACUAGAGCUCUAUCUUUAUAACAAUAUCAUUAAGAAAAUCCAAGAAAAUGAUUUUAAUAACCUCAAUGAGUUGCAAGUUCUUGACCUAAGUGGAAAUUGCCCUCGAUGUUAUAAUGUCCCAUAUCCGUGUACACCGUGUGAAAAUAAUUCCCCCUUACAGAUCCAUGACAAUGCUUUCAAUUCAUUGACAGAAUUAAAAGUUUUACGUUUACACAGUAAUUCUCUUCAGCAUGUGCCCCCAACAUGGUUUAAAAACAUGAGAAACCUCCAGGAACUAGACCUCUCCCAAAACUACUUGGCCAGAGAAAUUGAGGAGGCCAAAUUUUUGCAUUUUCUUCCCAACCUUGUUGAGUUGGAUUUUUCUUUCAAUUAUGAGCUGCAGGUCUACCAUGCAUCUAUAACUUUACCACAUUCACUCUCUUCAUUGGAAAACUUGAAAAUUCUGCGUGUCAAGGGGUAUGUCUUUAAAGAGCUGAAAAACUCCAGUCUUUCUGUAUUGCACAAGCUUCCCAGGCUGGAAGUUCUUGACCUUGGCACUAACUUCAUAAAAAUUGCUGACCUCAACAUAUUCAAACAUUUUGAAAACCUCAAACUCAUAGACCUUUCAGUGAAUAAGAUAUCUCCUUCAGAAGAGUCAAGAGAAGUUGGCUUUUGUCCUAAUGCUCAAACUUCUGUAGACCGUCAUGGGCCCCAGGUCCUUGAGGCCUUACACUAUUUCCGAUACGAUGAAUAUGCACGGAGCUGCAGGUUCAAAAACAAAGAGCCACCUUCUUUCUUGCCUUUGAAUGCAGACUGCCACAUAUAUGGGCAGACCUUAGACUUAAGUAGAAAUAACAUAUUUUUUAUUAAACCUUCUGAUUUUCAGCAUCUUUCAUUCCUCAAAUGCCUCAACUUAUCAGGAAACACCAUUGGCCAAACUCUUAAUGGCAGUGAACUCUGGCCGUUGAGAGAGUUGCGGUACUUAGACUUCUCCAACAACCGGCUUGAUUUACUCUACUCAACAGCCUUUGAAGAGCUCCAGAGUCUUGAAGUUCUGGAUCUAAGUAGUAACAGCCACUAUUUUCAAGCAGAAGGAAUUACUCACAUGCUAAACUUUACCAAGAAAUUACGGCUUCUGGACAAACUCAUGAUGAAUGAUAAUGACAUCUCUACUUCGGCCAGCAGGACCAUGGAAAGUGACUCUCUUCGAAUUCUGGAGUUCAGAGGCAACCAUUUAGAUGUUCUAUGGAGAGCCGGUGAUAACAGAUACUUGGACUUCUUCAAGAAUUUGUUCAAUUUAGAGGUAUUAGAUAUCUCCAGAAAUUCCCUGAAUUCCUUGCCUCCUGAGGUUUUUGAGGGUAUGCCGCCAAAUCUAAAGAAUCUCUCCUUGGCCAAAAAUGGGCUCAAAUCUUUCUUUUGGGACAGACUCCAGUUACUGAAGCAUUUGGAAAUUUUGGACCUCAGCCAUAACCAGCUGACAAAAGUACCUGAGAGAUUGGCCAACUGUUCCAAAAGUCUCACAACACUGAUUCUUAAGCAUAAUCAAAUCAGGCAAUUGACAAAAUAUUUUCUAGAAGAUGCUUUGCAAUUGCGCUAUCUAGACAUCAGUUCAAAUAAAAUCCAGGUCAUUCAGAAGACUAGCUUCCCAGAAAAUGUCCUCAACAAUCUGGAGAUGUUGGUUUUACAUCACAAUCGCUUUCUUUGCAACUGUGAUGCUGUGUGGUUUGUCUGGUGGGUUAACCAUACAGAUGUUACUAUUCCAUACCUGGCCACUGAUGUGACUUGUGUAGGUCCAGGAGCACACAAAGGUCAAAGUGUCAUAUCCCUUGAUCUGUAUACGUGUGAGUUAGAUCUCACAAACCUGAUUCUGUUCUCAGUUUCCAUAUCAUCAGUCCUCUUUCUUAUGGUAGUUAUGACAACAAGUCACCUCUUUUUCUGGGAUAUGUGGUACAUUUAUUAUUUUUGGAAAGCAAAGAUAAAGGGGUAUCAGCAUCUGCAAUCCAUGGAGUCUUGUUAUGAUGCUUUUAUUGUGUAUGACACUAAAAACUCAGCUGUGACAGAAUGGGUUUUGCAGGAGCUGGUGGCAAAAUUGGAAGAUCCAAGAGAAAAACACUUCAAUUUGUGUCUAGAAGAAAGAGACUGGCUACCAGGACAGCCAGUUCUAGAAAACCUUUCCCAGAGCAUACAGCUCAGCAAAAAGACAGUGUUUGUGAUGACACAGAAAUAUGCUAAGACUGAGAGUUUUAAGAUGGCAUUUUAUUUGUCUCAUCAGAGGCUCCUGGAUGAAAAAGUGGAUGUGAUUAUCUUGAUAUUCUUGGAAAAGCCUCUUCAGAAGUCUAAGUUUCUUCAGCUCAGGAAGAGACUCUGCAGGAGCUCUGUCCUUGAGUGGCCUGCAAAUCCACAGGCUCACCCAUACUUCUGGCAGUGCCUGAAAAAUGCCCUGACCACAGACAAUCAUGUGGCUUAUAGUCAAAUGUUCAAGGAAACAGUCUAGCUCUCUGAAGAAUGUCACCACCUAGGACAUGCCUUGGUACCUGAAGUUUUCAUAAAGGUUUCCAUAAAUGAAGGUCUGAAUUUUUCCUAACAGUUGUCAUGGCUCAGAUUGGUGGGAAAUCAUCAAUAUAUGGCUAAGAAAUUAAGAAGGGGAGACUGAUAGAAGAUAAUUUCUUUCUUCAUGUGCCAUGCUCAGUUAAAUAUUUCCCCUAGCUCAAAUCUGAAAAACUGUGCCUAGGAGACAACACAAGGCUUUGAUUUAUCUGCAUACAAUUGAUAAGAGCCACACAUCUGCCCUGAAGAAGUACUAGUAGUUUUAGUAGUAGGGUAAAAAUUACACAAGCUUUCUCUCUCUCUGAUACUGAACUGUACCAGAGUUCAAUGAAAUAAAAGCCCAGAGAACUUCUCAGUAAAUUGUUUCAUUAUCAUGUAGUAUCCACCAUGCAAUAUGCCACAAAAGCAGCUACUGGUACAGGACAGUUGGUAGCUGCUUCAGUGCCUCUUAUCAUUUUCUUGGGGCCCAUUGAUGGGUUCUCUUGGAAAAUAGGGAAGUUUUUUUUUGUCAUUCAUGAACAUGGUCAACUUAAAAAUGGGGAAAAUGGAAAUAUUUUCCCCUCAAGCAAAGUGAUGUUCUUUGCAUUUGAUGAUAAUUUACCUGCUGAAAUAUUCUUUUUUUUAAUUAGGUAUUUUCCUCGUUUACAUUUUCAAUGCUAUCCCAAAGGUCCCCUAUACCCACCCCCCCAAUCCCCUACCCACCCACUCCCCCUUUUUGGCCCUGGCGUUCCCCUGUACUGGGGCAUAUAAAGUUUGCAAGUCCAAUGGGCCUCUCUUUGCAGUGAUGGCCGACUAGGCCAUCUUUUGAUACAUAUGCAGCUAGAGACAAGAGCUCCGGGGUACUGGUUAGUUCAUAUUGUUGUUCCACCUAUAGGGUUGCAGUUCCCUUUAGCUCCUUGGGUAAUUUCUCUAGCUCCUCCAUUGGGGGCCGUGUGACCCAUCCAAUAGCUGACUGUGAUUGAUCAUCCACUUCUGUGUUUGCUAGGCCCCAGCAUAGUCUCACAAGAGAGAGCUAUAUCUGGGUCCUUUCAGCAAAAUCUUGCUAGUGUAUGCAAUGGUGUCAGCAUUUGGAAGCUGAUUAUAGGAUGGAUCCCUGCAUAUGGCAAUCACUAGAUGGUCCAUCUUUUCGUCACACCUCCAAAUUUUGUCUCUGUAACUCCUUCCAUGGGUGUUUUGUUCCCAUUUCUAAGAAAGGGUAAAGUGUCCACACUUUGGUCUUCGUUCUUCUUGAAUUUCAUGCGUUUGGCAAGUUGUAAAAAAGCCUCGAAGAUAUGGGUACAGGGAAAAAAUUCCUGCUGAAAUAUUCUAUGUGCAUGGCCAGAAUACUGUUUCCAAAGUAAAAUGAUCUUUAAAAUAACUUCAUUAAUUGAUGUUAGUUUAUGAACUAGUACCAAUAUUUUUCAGUAUCUAUAACUAUCAUGCAUCAAUAUCAAGUGGUUUUCAUAGUAAGCCCAAAAGGGGGUGGAAAGAAUAUGUAUUUAGUGUUAUCAGGGAAUAGGAAAAUAGAUGGAUGGUAAUUGUAUAUGUUUACCUCAGUUUGAAAAGAUGGGAGAAGAGUUGAAAGAGCUUAACAUUGGGAGAUCAUCUGAUUUUGUUUAUUUGGUUUGGGGUUUUUUUUGUUGUUGUUGUUGUUUGUUUUAUGUGUCUGUGUGUGUGUGUGUGUGUGUGUGUGUGUGUGUCCAGAAGACAUUAUCAGGAAUGAUAUACACUUCCUUUAAGACAACUCCUAUUGACCUGGAAAUCAACAAUUAAGCUGGACUAGCUGACUGGCAAUCCCAGGGAUAUGCCUGUCUCUGCUUCUUUGGAGUUUUGAGUAUCUGCCACUAGAUCUGGCAUUUUUACAUAGGUUAUGAAAAUCCAACUCUUGCAAAUAAAGUGCUUUACUGACUAACCAUUCCUCCAA